UAAAAGGCUUGUUAAAGAGAACCAUUUAAUACAUAAGUCACGUGUUGACUCGAGUCCUGUCGGCGAUACCAAUUCCGGGAAAUAAGAGUGUAGAAAGAAACUCCACUGACUCUCGUCCACUGAAGCCACGAUCCAAUCACAAAUGCAACGAUGAAAACUUCUGUAGCUUGAUCUCUUCUUUCUUUCUCUCACCGCCGAAAAAAAUUAUUUAGCUAUAAGAUGGGAUCUGUCUCCCUCAAGAUCGGCGACGGAACCGCCAGAUUCCGACGAACAUCAGUCUGCUCCUCCGCCGUCAACCUCCUCAUGCUCUUCUCCGUCGUCACCACAAACCUCUUCGCCUUAUACGCCUUCUCCUCCCACUCCAACUCCCAAACCAUCAACCACCCACUCCACCACUCCAACAACAUCUCCCUCGUCUCCCAGCACCUCUCCCUCAUCCUCCGAGAGAUCGACACCUCCCAACGCAAACUCGCUCAGAUGGAGAAACAGAUCCUCGGCUACGAAUCCAUCGAUCUAUCCCGUCCCAACACCGUCCCCGAGCUCAAACUCUUCCUCAACCGCCACCAGCUCCCUCUCGGCAAAGACUCCCGCACGGGGAUCACCGAGAUGGUCUCAUCCGUUGGGCAUAGCUGUGAGAAAUCCACGGAUCUGCUCUCUCAGUACAUGUCGUACAAAAAGUUUGAGAGGUGUCCUGACGACUGGAGCCUCGGCCAGAAGCUGAUCCUCCGCGGAUGCGAGCCUCUGCCGAGGAGACGCUGCUUGGCGAAAACCGUCGCCAAGCAGGAUCUGAGACCUUUUCCUGAGUCUCUAUGGAGGCCAGUUAGUAACAAGAGUGUUAACUGGAGUGGACUUGGCUGUAAGAGCUUUGACUGUUUGAAAGGAAAGAAACUCACUCCGGAUUGCGUCGGAUGCUUUGAUCUAGGCGGCAGCGAGAAAGAUCGGUUCGUGAAGGUUAAGUGGAAGAACGACUUCUUGAUCGACGAUGUGUUGGGUUUAGGCAGCAACAAGAUCCGGAUCGGGCUCGAUAUCAGCGGCGGCGGGUCGUCAGGGACUUUCGCGGCGAGGAUGGCUGAGAAGAACGUGACUGUGAUCACUAACACGCUGAACAACGGUGGUCCGUUCAGCGAGUUCGUUGCCGCGAGAGGGGUUUUCCCGCUGUUCUUGAGUUUAGACCAUAGGCUCCCUUUCCACGACAAUGUGUUCGAUCUUGUCCGUGGUUCUAGCGGGUUGGAUGUGGAGGGGAAAGCCGAGAAGUUGGAGUUCUUGAUGUUUGAUCUCGAUCGGGUUUUGAAGCCCGGUGGGUUGUUCUGGCUGGAUAACUUCUACUGCGCUAGUGACGUGAAGAAGAAAGAGCUGACGCGUUUGAUCGAGAGGUUUGGGUAUAAGAAGCUGAAAUGGGUUAUUGGAGAGAAGGCUGAUGGGCAAGUGUAUCUCUCUGCUGUUCUUCAAAAGCCGGUGAGAGUUUGAUCCUGAUAGUAGUGCUCUCUUAACUAUUACGUUUGAUCAUAGAGAAUUAUACAAGAAUUGGAUUUCAGGAGGUGAUCAUUUAUAUCAAGAAGAAUAAGCAGCAAGUCAUGUCGAUUAUUUAUUUAUCAGGCUAUUGGAGAAAAAUCUUUUGUGUAAGCAGCUUCUCAGUACUGUUUUAUUUUGUUUUGUAAUUUUGACCAUUACAGUUACUUCUCUUUUUGCGAUUAUAUCUAUAUAAUAGCUUUUACAAACUAAGAAAAUAAA